CUGGAAGGCCAUGGAGACAUGAGCUGUGUAUAUAAAGGGGUCACAGAGCAGGUUUCUAACACAGAAGAUUAAAGGCUUUUCAUCCAAACAGAAGCUCCUCUGACUCUGAACCAUGAAGACUCUGGUGCCUCUCGUUCUUCUGAUCUGCUUCCUGGGUCACAUUUCUGCCGCACCGGUCGCACUGUCAGUGCAGAGGGACGGAUGCUGUCGAGGCUACAAUCGAAAUCCCAUUCCCAAAGGAAAGGUGGCACAUGUGGGGAUGACCCCGAGUGACUGCAGAUCCAAAUCCAUCAUAAUCACAACUGUAUGCAAGAAGGAGUUUUGUGUCGAUCCUGAUUGGGACUGGGCGAAGAAACUGUUGGAAGAUUUUAAGAAGCCGGCGUCUACCACUGCAGAGACCAAGUGUUCAAAGAAGAUGUAAGGACUGCGAGAACGCUGUUCCCAUCUUAGUUUGGCGUGUUAGCGUGCUACCCAUACAAAUAGAAUAGAAGUUGAAGACACAUUCCUAUUCACAUUCAAGUUACAAAGAAUAUGGAGAAUAUUCAAAAUAAUACAUCAUAAUGUAUUUGUUGAUUAUAUUUUGUAUUUUCAAUCUCAAUCUGCAAAAGUAAGUUCUCACAUAAAUGGAGCAGAGACAAAAUCCAAUAUAUUUCCCUUCGAGAAGGGAAGAGCAAGUCUUUAGUAAGUGUACUUAGUUACUUUCUACCACUGAUGUUGAGUAUCAUUUGACAUCUGAUGACGAGUAAACGGUGUUUUCAACAAGAGAUGUCAACUUAAUUCUCUUUAUGAUGUUAAAAAUGUGUGAUUUGAUGCUGAUUUACUCACAGUUCUCCUUCGCUAAUGGCUGUAUUUAUUGAUGAGGUUAUGAAGGGCACUUUGCAAAUCAAUCCCGUAAUUCCCUUCCUUUGUUUGAGGUUUUUGUCCUCCUCUGUGAGGACAGCGGGGGGGUGCAGGUUGGAGGGAAAAAGAAGAGGUGGUGGCGGACAAGAACAAGUGACUGUUGGUGAAUUUACAAUGUCUCCAUUGUUUGUGGUUUGAGUGAAAGUAACCAUGCCAGCAACAGUGUUUGAAGAAGUUCUGCGGCGACAGAAAGAGGCCCUUCAAAAACACUCCAUCUGUCUCCACAAACACCAACAGCAGAUGUCAGCGCGAGGAGAGUUUGCUUGGUUUCAAAUGCAUCAGAGGACAAACCGUGCACACGAACUGAUAAAUCUUCACUUCAGCAUUCAUUUAAAUAAUAAUUCUGUCCGAGGGAAAAAUGAUAAAUGCUGUCGUCAAUUGUCAAAUGUCAGAAUGAUAGUUAAAAUACUAUGAUAUCCCAGUUAUUAGAAUGCAAAUAAGUCACAUCAUGACAGGUGGAAUGUAACUAAGUACAUUUACUCAAGUAAUUACAACUUCAAGGUACUUUGCAGUUCCUAUUUCCUUUUUAUGUUACUUUACACUUCUACCCCACUACAUUUUAGAGCUAGAUAUUGUACUAUUUACUUACAUAUCAGAGGUAUAUAUUGUAUUUUUUAGAGUGCUACAUCUCAGAGGUAUAUAUUGUACUUUCUAAUUCACU